UCCCUGGCUGUCACCAGGGGUAGAGCCAGGUGACAAGGACAAGCCAGCCCGGGUGUCCCCCAGGGGAAGAGUCCCCACGCCAGGAGCCAGGUCAUCUCCGGAGGAGGCCGACACAGGUGACCUGCUGAAUGAAGCAGAGACGAGCCAGCGGGUGAGCAGCUCCCCCAGCUCUGGAUGGAUUGGAAUGGGGAAAUCUGCCGGCAGUGAGAGCCUGGGGCAGCUGGAAACCCCCUGCUUCUUCCUGAGAGCACUCUUCCUCCUCCUCCUCUUCUGCCAGCAUGUUUCUUCCCAGUGCAAGAUCCUGCGCUGCAACUCCGAGUACGUGGCUGCCACGCUCAACCUGCGCGGCUCCAGCAGGAACGCGGCGUUCUGCAGCGCCCUCCGCUCCUACUCCCACUGCACCCGCAAGACGGCCCGCACUUGCCGGGGCGACCUGGCCUACCACUCUGCCGUCCACGGCAUCGAGGACCUCAUGAUCCAGAACAACUGCUCCAAGGAAGGUCCCGUCUCACCACCCCGGCCCCGGCCACCGGCCCCCAACCACCAGGGCUUCGAGUCGCUGGAUAUCUGCAACUACGAGAAGAGCUUCCUCUACAAGCACGGCCAGCCCCCCGGCUACCAGCACUGCGCGGCCUUCGGGGACCCCCACAUCCGCACUUUCCAUGACGACUUCCACACUUGCAGGGUGGAGGGCUCCUGGCCUCUCUUGGACAACGACUACUUGUUUGUGCAAGCAACCAGCUCACCGGUGGCCAAGGGGUCCAACGCGACGGUUACUAGCAAGCUCACCAUCAUAUUCAAGAACAUGAAGGAAUGCAUCGACCAGAAGGUCUACCAGGCCGAGAUAGACAACCUUCCCGCUGCCUUCGAGGACGGCUCGGUGAACGGUGGCGAGAGGCCGGGGGGAAGCAGCUUGGCCAUCCGGGAACACGCGCCCGGGCGGCACGUGGAGAUCCGGGCCGAGUACAUCGGCACCACCAUUGCCAUCCGCCAGGCUGGGCGGCAGCUCUCCUUCUCCAUCCGGGCAGCCGAAGAGGUGGCACGCUCCUUCACGGAGGAGCAAGACCUGCAGCUCUGCGUGGGCGGCUGCCCCCGCAGCCAGCGCAUCUCCCGCCGCGAGUGCUGCCAGGGCCGGAUGGCAGCCGAGGCAGCCCGCGCGCUCUGCAAGGAGAUGCUGCCCGUGGAGGACGUCUACUUCCAGUCGUGCGUCUUCGAUGUGGUAACCUCAGGGGACGCCAACUUCACCAUGGCGGCUCACGGGGCCCUGGAGGAUGCCCGUGUCUUCCUUCCCAAUGCUGAGAAACUGCACAUUUUCCAGGCUGGGACAGGCUGCUGGCACACCUCUUCCUCUUUACUCCUCCUCCUCACCUCUAGCCUUUGGGCUACUCAGUUGCACUUUUAACUCCUGCUGGCUGGCACUCACUGGCAUGACAUAUGGCGCAGGGGACACAUCCAAGGGACCGUCCAAAGGGGUAACACGAGAACUGCUGACUCAAGAAUCGCACCUUGUAGAUCAAGAAAGACGUCUUAGCUAGGAUCGAGUAUCUGCAGCAUCGUGGAAUUGGAGAGCCAGGUCUUGGGAGGGGGGAGCACAGGAGAUGAAGGACGGUGAAAUACCUGUUCGCACCUACUGUUCUCACCGGUGUGGAGGCCAGCAUCGAUCCAGGCUCCUUCCUCUCCCACAAGGCCAUUCAGUUUUGUAUUUUGGAUUCUGAUGCGUUUUUUUUCCCUAAAGAUCGGGACAUUGCAAGCCGUAUCAAAGAAAAAGAAACACACGGGGGUUGAACGCCUGCUCACUUGUGCUGUCCUUGGUAUUAUUCUUUUGAUCCCACCACUUGGAAGAGGUAUUUGGAGAACCUCCCUGCCCCAAGCCUUUGCGUGCUCCUAACAGGCACAAAUUGGUACCUUACAAGACACUGGUCCUUUCAGUACGCGUGCUUUACACAUUUAUUCCAGUGUUACUACAGCGGACUUUUGCUAAGGAACCUUACAGAUUUAGAAAGAAUGGUCUCAGAGCCCAGAUCCCAAUUUUUAGCAGUCAGAAAACAUUGUUUUAUGGAUUUGGGGCUCCUUGACCUACCUGCUACUGAAGUCAUGUUAGAGCAAAGCCAGGUCAUUGGAGUGACAUGACCAAGGUCUGAGAUUUCCUUUACCACAAGAGCUAGAAAUCAAACAUUUUAUACUAUAUUCUCCUUUCUCCGGAGUAGUAAUUGAUGGUUAGUAACUCUGGAUCAGUGCUAAUUUCUAGCCCUCUGGUACUGCAAAACAUCAGGUCUCUGAAAUUUCAUCUACUGUUGCUAUUUUUCUUUGUUGUUGUCUUGGCACCUGUCUAGGACUCAAUAUAGCAAGUUCUGGACUUUGGACCAGUGUUGAGUUUCAGGGAGGUGGGAGAGAGAAAAUGACCCAGCAUUCCUCUCCCUUGGGCCCAACUUUCUCUGGUGCUGUCACAACCCAGGUCCAAUGCAACCAAGACUGUUGGUAUGGCUUGAAAAAGCGAAUUAACAGCAAAGAUGCUGAACUGGCAAAAAGCGAUUUGGCUGUGUCGAUGGGGAGGUGAACUAUUAGAGGAUGUACAUAAAUAUUGAGGUGAGGCCAAAGUAGAUGUUUAAUAUAUUUAAGAGGUUUUAAGAAAAGUGGAUAGAGUUCUAUUUGUUAACAAAUAUUUUUCAUAUGCAAAGACUUUUUUUUUUUAAUAAAGAGGGCUCACAUCAAAACCUUUGCUAUCCUUGUCCCAGGGGAGCCUAAGAGGAGCCCUGCAAGGCUCCAGCCUUGCAGAGGGUGCUCUAGGGGAGAAGUAAGCUGAAGGAUCUGGGCAUGCUGCGUUGUGAAAGAGUAUUGCAAAUCAUCCAGGUAGGGAGGAGCGGUCAAAUAGUAAAGCAAGAUUUUACAGCUUCUCAGUAUCCCUGCAGUUUCUUUGGUCACUUUUUUUUCUCUGGCUCAUCUGGACAAGUCCUGGACAAAGAGGGAAUAGGGAGAAGUUUCUCAGCUUUAUCAGCAUAUUCCCUCCUCCAACGUACACUCAAAGCACACGGGAACUAGCGUGAGAGUUUCUCUGUUUCUUGUAUGGUGAUCUCACUAAUCCCUGAACGUUUUGACAUUAAAGGUGUCUAUUUUUGAAGUCCUCA